AUGUUGUUCGUUGAGAGCCGAUUAUCGCCUUUGUCUCCGAGUUAUGGACACAAGUUUGAGAGCAUGGAAGAUAGAGACACCACAGUACUGUCACAGGAGACUGGCCUGACUUGCUACAAUAUUCGAGUUCUCAGAGAUGAGCUGAACUUCAUACAGAAUGUUGGCCAGUUCUAUAACCAGCAGGACAUCAGUGAUGUCAUUCUCAAGAUUGGAAAAGAAAAAUACUAUGGCCACAAAUUUGUUUUGGCCAAGUCCAGUGAAGUGUUUCGAACAAUGCUGUACAACAAGAACUGGACCCAGGCAGGGCUUCCAGAGAUUGAGCUGGAGGAGACAGACGAGUGCCAGGCAUACUUUGACACUUUCCUGAGGUUUCUGUACACGGCCGAGGUCAACAUCAGUGUGGAGUCGGCAGUGGGCAUCUUGUGUCUGGCAGACAAGUACAGCGUCACCUCUCUGAAGAACUUGUGUACUCAGUACAUGGUGGAGCACACACGGUCACCGCUAGUCAAAAAUGCUUUGAGCUGGUACUCCUGGUCCAAAGCUCUUCACAUGGAAGAGCUGAUCACCCAGUGCUCUAAAACCAUUGCCUGGAAUGCCGAGUACAUCUUGGCCUCCCACGAAUGGGAGCACAUGGACAUUGACUUUGUCACUGACAUGCUGAAAAACAAGGACCUUGUCAUCCAGAGGGAGUACAUGCUGUUCAAAGCCUUGAUCCAGUGGUUGGACUGCGAGGAACAUAUUGAGAACUAUCUGGAGAAUGCCAAGAAGUUGCUGCCCUUAAUCAGGUUUCCCCAGAUGCAGGUACACGAACUGUUUGCAGUAGAGCAGUGUGACCUGUACAGAAACGAAGAGCUGGGAGUCAUACUUGAUCAGCUCAUCAAUAAGGCAUACAGAUUUCGUUCACUCUGCCCUCAGCAGUCAGAGAUUGGCAUCUCAUUCGCAGACAGCUUUUACUUGCCAAGAAAUUACAUUGAUCUGUCGGUGGAUACGGUACGCAUGCAGAACACUCUCAGAUAUGGCAUUCAGGUGGAUGUCCGAACAUAUGUUGGUCCUGUCCCGUCUUCAGCCAGAGAUGGGGAGUGGAAAAUUGCUUACAGAAAGUCCAACGACACCUGGACUUUACAGGUCUACUGUCAUGAAUCAGCCCUGGUGGGAGGUGAGGCUAGAGUCCAAGCUGCCCUGAUCAUCACCAACCAGGAUGACCAGGUGGUCCAGGUGGAGGAGUCUGAGAUCACCAUCUGCAGCCGAGGCAACCACUUGACCAUGAGCAUAGCAGUACCCAACCAGGACCAGUGCAAGAACAUGGCCGUGCUGAUAAAACCUCUGCCCAAGUAG